AUGUACAUCAAAAAAGGAAAUAACAUCAGCUUUACCAAUGAAUAUCAGCUUUUCACCAUUGCUCUCAUGUUAGCGAACAAAUGGCUCAACGAUAAGAGAUAUGCAAGCAAGAUCUGGUCAGAAAUAUCCUAUAUCUCUCAAGCUGAUAUUGAUACUUUGGAGAUUUCAUUUUUGAAGUCUUUAAAUUUCAAGAUACAUAAUACUGGAGAAGAUUGUUCAUUUUGGCUUAAUUGCACAAAAAAUUAUCAUCUUUCUGGCAGACUUGAGUACUUGUUUACCGAAAGAAUUGGAAAGAUGGCUGCCUUUCAACUAAUUCUACCGAAACCUGGUUUAAAUUACGAAGAAAAAAUUGGUGCAAAAGUCAUUGAACCCCCCAGUUGGAUUUGA